CAACCCCCGGGAAAAAAAGCAAAUAAAUUUGGACCCCUUCCGAUCCCGCGGAGAGCACUACGUAUUACUACUGCUGCUUAUCAUUACGGGGACAAAGAAAAAGAGAGAAAGAGAGAGAGAGAUUUAUCAUUCUAUUAAUCCCUCGGCGUUUUCUCAUUCCCCCUCCGCAUUCUUUCUUAGUUGAGCUUCUCACUCGUUUCGACUAUUUAUUUGUUCUCCGAAGCGCCCGCUCUACCCCCGUCCCAUCGAGGGCUGUGAUUACGCCGCUCGAUGAAUGAUAACGCCCGACUGAUCUGUGCACUAAUAUGUCAAUCGUCGAUGGCGGAGAGGCGCGCGCAAGUUACCUGGCCAAGAACGCACUGGAGUUGGUGGCCGCCGGGAAGAUAGAGGCCGGAGCGCGGGCCGUACGAGAGGCCGUUUCAAUAGACCCCGAUAACGCAGAUGUCAAACGAGCUUUUGAUGAGCUACAAAAUGACCAAAAUAGAGAUCCUUUGUGGAUUCUGUGUCGCCGCUUCGUAAACGACCGAGACGACUCUGCUGGCCGCGAGGCCAUUCACUUCCUUGCGCGAUACGGCGCCAGUGUGCCCAGGAGCAUCGGCGAGGAAUGCGUCAAGCUCCUGUUGGAUAGAUCCAAGGUGACCUAUACACCUCUGGUGGAUGAGCUCGUUGCGGCGCUUUUACGGCAGAAUGUUGGCGCAAGAGCUGAAGUCGCAUACCAACUGGAGACAAAGAUAAUCGGCAUAUUCGAGGACCUGUGGAUGAUUGGAGACCAGGCGACAGAUGCGCUGUCAGCGGUGCUCCUCGACCCCCAGGCAUGGACGUCGCACACCUCGCGCAUCCGCUGCGAGGGCGACGUCUUUCACCUUCUAGAAGCCAAGCUCAUCGAAGCUGGCCAGGACCAUCCGAGUCGCGCAAUGAGAGUAGUCGCGCGACUUCUUGCCGCCGACGCCGAGAACGUCAAGGGCCGCGUGGACGAAGAUACCUUUGAUGUCAUGUUAACUUCUCUCGACAAUCGAUUACCUGCCGAUCUCCGAACCCAAGCAACAUUAGCUGCAGCCAAAUUCAUCGAAGCGUCGCCAGACGAUGGUCAACGCCACCUCAACAAAUUUGUGCUUUCCAGAUUGGCAAAGCAAAAGAAUGACGACUUGAUUGUUGCCUUCUCCGCCGCGGCUGCAGUCUUUCCGGUCGCGUCUGCCGUUUGCAUUGGACUCUUCCUCAACGAAGGAUUUGUUUCAUCACUCGUCCCCGUUUUGAACAAAAAGGCAAAGAGCAGAAAGGCAGAGCGAGCUGCACUUGACUUGUUAAGCGCAGCCUGCAUUGACCGAGCAUGCCGAGAACUUAUUGCAAAGCACUGCACGGAGUGGCUGGAAGACGUAGUAGAAGACGGAGCAGUACAAGAGUCCGCUGUCGCCGCCGUGAUCCUGGCAAAGAUUCGCGGUCCCGGAGCCCUUGACCAGCCUGCUCAAAAGGAAGAACCCAAGGUGCAAGAGGUGGGCAAAGAGACGGCUGAGCUCGUCGACAUGUUCAAAAAGAUGAUUGUCACAGAGGACACUUCAACAACACAGAGCUCGAUUGAGGGUCUCGCAUAUAGUUCUCUCCAGCCAGCCACCAAGGAAGAAUUAGCAAACGACAAAGCAUUCCUCACGCAUCUUGUCCGAACAAUGUCUGAACAUCCCGACGACCCUAACCUCAUCUUUGGCGGUCUCACCAUUUUCGCAAACCUUACUCGCUUCUUGCCCAACUUCUCCGAAGAACAAAAGCGCAUGUCGCAGCUCAAAGCCUACGCCAACGUCUCCAAGCCCAAACUCGAACCAGACCCUCUCGACUCCGAAGACAAAGUCACUGCUCGAUGCAAAGCCGUCCUUGACGCCAACACCGUGCCCCUGCUCGUAGCCAUCAGCAAAAAGGUCUCGCCAGCCAGUCUCCAACUCACUCUAUUCAUCCUCCUUUCCAUCUCCAAGGGCCCCAAACACCGCGGCCAACUCGCGCAGCAAGGCGCCGUCCGGCUUCUUCUCCAAGCAUACGCCUCCAUCACCGGAGACACCACCGCAGACAUUCAAUCCCGCCGCGUCGCUGCCCACGCGCUCGCCCGGGUCCUCAUCUCCGUCAACCCUUUCCUCAUCUUCCCUUCCUCGGGCGCCUUAUCCGCAUCUUCCGCCGUUCGUCCUCUCCUCCUUCUCCUUGAGGACGACCACUCUGCCGAGCAACGCGACCUUCUCCCCGUCUUCGAAUCCCUCCUCGCACUCACCAACCUCGCCUCCACCGACGAUUCCACCCGCGAAUCCCUUCUCCGACUCGGCUGGCCCGCCAUCGAGAACCUCCUUCUCGCAGACAACACCUUCAUCCAGCGCGCCGCCGUCGAGCUCGUCUGCAACCUCAUGGCCUCCCCCGCAGGCGUGGCCCAUUUCGCAGACGGCAGCCCCGCAGCCAGCAACCGGCUGCACAUCCUCCUUGCCCUCGCCGAUGUCGACGACUUCGCUACCCGCCGCGCCGCUGGCGGCGCCCUCGCCAUGCUCACCGAAUGGGACGCAGCCGUCACUGCUGUCCUCAAGCGCGAGCGUGGCGUCCGUAUCCUGCUCUCCCUCUGCGAAGAAGAAUCCGACGAACUCGUGCACCGCGGUGUCGUCUGCAUCCGCAACCUCGUCUGCGCGCCGCAUCCUGCAGGCGACCUCGGCACAGAAAAAGUCCGCGCAGAAGGCGGCGUCGAGGUCCUCAAGCAGGUCCUUGCCACGGCGAAUAACCCGGACAUUCUCGAACCUCUUGUCGAAGCUCUCAAGGGUCUCGUGGCAGGCGGAAGUCGGAUGUAAACUCCCGAGGGGAGCACAUUUAUUUCCUCCGUUCUGUUGUUUUUCUCUUUUCUUCAUUUUCAUUUGCUACAUUGUUUUACGGGAUGCGCUCUGCGGCAAGGAUAGGAAAGGAGUAAUAUCUUGCUUUUUAUAUAAGCUUUUCGCUUUUAACGUGGUACGCGGGUGCUGUACUUUUUUUUACGAUCUUCGCUCAGACUGUCUGGCCUUCUUUACAUGGCCCUUGUUUCUUUUCCUUUCCGUUCCUUUCCUUUUCUCCUCUCUUUUCGGGAAUUUACAAUAUUCGCUUUUCUUCGCUUUCUUCGCUUUCUUUUUCAGCAGGCGACAUAUAUCAAUCGAUUUGAAUCUGCGGGAGUUUUUAUUCUAAACCGGAUCUGAUGCACUGGAUGUUGAUGGUAACGUUAGCGGUAUCGCCAAGAAUUCAAAUACGACAAUGUCACGAUG